AAACCAAAGGGUCCUUCUGAAUCAAAACAAUAUCAACAAAGAUAUUUUAGCAGUGCUGCAUUUGUGCUUUUGCGUACUUCAACGAAGACGAACAAUCCAUCAGCUUGAGUAAUGGUUGUAACUCAGCUUCCAAGGUUUCAUUAUUUAGUCUUCAAAAAUCCGCCGCCAAGUUUCAAAUUUUUCCCCAAACCAAAAGUACCCAUCAAAUCCACUGCCUCAACGCUCUUCUCUGCUCCCAAAUCCACUCUUUCCACGACCGAACCCAUACCCAUCACCGAUUUCUCACUCCCCGACGAACCCAAACUCGAGAUUUCAUUGGACAAGCUGUUUAUUCCUCCGGAGACCCAGGUUUCUUGCGAUGAUUCUAGCUUAAGCACCAGAAUCUUGAAAGGGUCGAACAUAGUUCUGAGUAAGUACGCAAGGGACGCUCAAGUGGUUCAAGCUGAGUUCGUGAAGAGCAGUGUCAGGACUGAGGAUUGCCCUUCCGAUGGCUUGCCGGAGUUUGCUCUCGUCGGCCGCUCGAAUGUCGGGAAAUCCUCGCUUCUUAAUUCACUCGUAAGGAGGAAACGCCUUGCUCUCACCUCUAAGAAACCUGGGAAGACGCAAUGCAUCAACCAUUUCCGCAUCAAUGAUAGUUGGUACCUUGUGGAUUUGCCUGGAUAUGGCUAUGCAUCUGCACCGCAGGAACUUCGAACGGAUUGGGGAAAGUUUACCAAAGACUAUUUUAUCAACCGUUCAACCUUAGUAUCAGUUUUCCUGCUUAUAGAUGCUAGCAUUCCCGCAAAGAAAAUCGACCUGGAAUAUGCUAGUUGGCUUGGUCAGAACCAGGUCCCAAUGACGCUGAUAUUUACCAAAUGUGACAAGCGGAAGAAGAAAAAGAACGGCGGAAAAAGGCCUGAAGAAAACGUGAAGGACUUUCAGGAGCUGAUAUGCGGUUUCUUCCAGACAGUGCCGCCAUGGAUAAUGACCAGCAGUGUUACAAAUCAAGGGCGGGAUGAGAUACUGUUGCAUAUGGCUCAACUUCGAAAUUAUUGGCUGAAACACUGAAGGGAAGAGAACCCAUGGUCAAAGCUUUUUGUAUGUUGUUAACGUAGUUGAUUUUCAAACGCCAUUUAUUUCAAGUAUCCCAAUGAUUACAUUUUCAUUCUGAUACACAAUCAGUGUCUGAUUAGGGAUGGUAAGAUAACUGGAAUUUAUCAGACUGACUCAGACCUAACCUGACCUUAUAAGGAGAUAUAUAACUUUUGAAAAUCAAGUUCAGUGAUGGGGUGAGACUUCAAGUAAAAUGUUGGGGUGUUUUAUAAAUGUAUAUUAAAAUAUUAAAAAAUAAAUACUUUCAUGAAA